AUGACCCUGCAGCAGCCACCCCUAGCCCCGAAAGGGGGCUCCCCCCUGGCUCUGUACAUUCACAGCAUGCCUGCCUGGGUGCUGGAGGAUUUCUGCCAGAAGAUGGACUGCCUGAGUGACUACGACUGGAUGCGAUUCGCCUCCUAUGUGAUAACUGAUCAAACAGAGCUACGGAAAAUAAAGUGCAUGGAGAAGACUGGCAUCAGCAUAACAAGAGAGCUCAUGUGGUGGUGGGGAGUGAGGCUGGCGACAGUGCAGCAGCUCCUGGACUUGCUGCAAGGACUGCAGCUCUACCGAGCGGCUCAAGUCAUUCUGGACUGGACAUCAGCCUCUAAUAUUACCAACUCUGAAAAAGAACAGCUGGUAGAGCCACAGAAACAGGAGAACAUAUCUUUAACUCCCACAGAAAACAAAAAUAGAGAGAGAGAAAAUGAGAUAAGCCUGUUGCCAUCACCAGUCUCUUCACAUCUGGGAGUAUCACCAGCAGGAAUUUCAGGUGCUGUUUCUGAAGGAGCCUUGUAUUCACUCCCUUCUCCACCACCUCCCCCAAGAGACCUUUUGAAAUCCUUACAGUCAAAUCCUUCUGUCUCAUCAAGUGUGAAGCCUUGCAGCUCUUCUACUCCUCGGCAGGAGACAAUGACUGAUCUCCCCAGCGGGAGUCUUUUGUGGAGCCAGAGGGAAGUUACUAAUGCCACAAAUGGUUUCAGUGACAAGAACAGAAUUUGUGAAGGUACAUUUGCAGAUGUCUACAAAGGUCAGAGGAACAACAUAGUGUAUGUCAUCAAAAGACUGAAAGAGAUGGAAUGCACAAGCCCAAAUUCCACCCAAAGAUUCUUUCAUACAGAAGUACAGAUUUGCUUUCGGUGUUGUCACGUCAACAUUUUACAGCUGCUGGGUUUCUCAGUAGAAACUGGAUUGCACUGUCUGGUAUACCCAUACAUGCCUAACGGAUCACUACAAAACAAACUUCAGUGUCAAGAUGAUUCUGCUCCACUGACUUGGGAGAUGCGAAUUAGCAUUUCCACAGGACUCAUCCGAGCUGUAGAGUAUUUACAUAAUUUUGGAAUUCUUCAUGGGAAUAUCAAAAGCUCAAACGUCUUGUUGGAUGAAAACUUUAUACCAAAGCUUGGACAUUCAGGUCUGCGAUUGUAUUCUGUUGAUAAAAAGUCAGAAUAUGCUAUGAUGAAAACUAAAGUCUUACAAGCUUCUCUUACUUAUCUGCCGGAAGAUUUUAUCAGACAUGGGCAGUUAACAGAAAAAGUUGAUAUAUUUGGCUGUGGUGUGAUCUUAGCAGAGAUACUGACAGGGAUUAAAGCACUGGAUGAAGGAAGACACCCUAUUUAUCUGAAAGAUAUGAUUGCUGAUGAAAUUCAAAUAGCGAAAGAAAGCUCAUACUCCAAAGGAAAAAAUUUUGAAAAGCUAGCUGCCAAGGAAAUAUGCUGUAAAUAUCUUGACAGGAAAGCAGGACACUUGCUGGAAGACACUGCUAUUGAUUUUGCCUCAGCCAUCUGCCUUUGUCUGAGAAAGAAGAAUUCUAACAUAGCAGAGGUGCUUGAAAUUAUGGAAAUAGCUGAAAAUAAAUUAAGAGAGCAUUACAUCUGUGGAGGCAGCACUUCUGGAUUCUCCAUGAACACUCCAGAAGAAACUGAUGAUGAGACAACUAGUCUCAGCAUGGAUGUGCCUUCUGUGGGGCAGAAUAAAGAGGACAGCACACAGCCAGUGAUCCUGACAAGUGCCAAUCCAUGCACACCUUUAAUAGGAGUUGUGUCACCUGACAUUUACUGCAGACAAAUGUCAAGGGUCCCUUGUGAAUCAGAUGAAUCAAGUAGUUUUAUAUGGAAUCCUUCAGAAAGAUCUACAGAUGAGCUAUCUAGCACCAGCUGUAACAAUUCAGAAAAUAUGGCAGCCUCUGAUUACAGGAUCAAGCAGGAAAAACCUGCAAAUGGACUCCAGAAAAGAAAUGCGGCAUGCACCAAAAGUGAUGACGUCUUAGAAACAGCGCCUACUGCACAGAGCACCUUUCAACAAAGAAAUGCAGACCUUGACUCUUCGUGUUCUUCACAAGCAUUAGCCAGAGAGACAUCUUGGAAAAUAAAGAUAAAUGAUCAAAAAAAGAAGCUCAUGGAAAAUAUUUUGCUGUAUGAAGAAGACAAAUUAAACAGUUCUGAACUUUUUGAAUCAUAAAUUGGAUGGAUUUAUUAGCAGUGGCCAGCUCGAAAGAAGAAAUAAGGACUGUCUCUUCAUUAGAAGGAUGGUAAAAGUCUGUCUUUCAUGUAAGGUUAAGUAGCAGAUUUGGAUCAGAAACAUUAGCCCUGACUGAAGAAAACAGAAGUGAUCACACUGAGAAGAAACAGAAAAUACCUGUUCUGAAGCCAAUUAAAGCACAAUGCCACUCUGUAAACAGAAAUGCCUUCUUCCUUUUCAUCUGCAAUGUAAAAAGAUAUGGCAAACACAAACAAUUGCCAAAAUAAUUUACGAUUCUUUUGCAGUGUAUUUCAGAAAGCAUCUACAUAUAAUGUAUGUCUUACUAAAAAACACAGUCCUGGAAGUUAUAGGGCAAGCACUGAUCAGCAACCAGUUAGCAAUACCCUUUAUUGUUAUCCCACUGUGUGUGAGCAGACAGAAAUCUUCAGGGAGAUUGGAGUAGGUUUCAGUUUUCAAAGGAAUCUAUCCUAUUCCAUAUAAUCUUAGUCCACAUACUCAAAAACACUGCAUUACCAGAGAGGGGAAUUUUUACGCAAGUUCUCAGAUGUAUUCUACAUGACUCAGUCUCAAUUUGAAUUGCACUGAACAUAGUUGUAAGUAAAUAAUUUAUGCCAUGUUAGUCUACUCUAUGAGCUGCUCUACUACAUAUCUACAUAUGACAACAUUUGAAGUCUAACCUUUAAGCUUCGCUGUCAGGAGCUCUAAGACAGUGUUUAAUACUUCAUAAGAGUAUUUCUGGAAGUUAAUUUUUUCUAAGUGUCCUUUACAUGUUGUUAAGGUUUCUCAUUGUGUUUCACAUGGUAACUGUUGUAUAUUUUGGAUUAGGGACAAGAUUUUAAUUUAAAAUAUCUUUAAUUUUGUUGUAGGUCCCUUGA